CUGACUCCCUUCCGCAUCCAUUUACCUGAGCCUUCCAUUCCCUCCUCUUGCCACGAAUGUAAAUGGCUUUUAGUAACGCAUCUGGGUGCAAUUUUCAUACCGUCACCAUCAACGAUGUCAAAGGCAACCAGAUCAACAAUAACUAUAACCAAAUAAUCCAUCAAGAGAGAAAGCGUACGAUAUAUGACGAGUUCUACAACAUCAAACUUGGGGCUAUACAUCACCUUCGGGAUGUGUAUCAUGAAAACUAUCCGAGAAGGUGGGACGUUGGUAUCAGAGAAUGGUGGGAAGAGGGACGCCUUCGAGUCAACCGAACGAUAUGUACAGCCGAAAUCCAUUCCGACUCAAGCGGCUCGAAGUUUACGGUGGUGUCAUAUAAUGGGCCUGAGGCAAACCAAGCAUGGGAGGAAGACUUUCGAUGGUCUCUUCAAAGUCGAAACGCGCAAAAUAUGCAGCUUUUCGGUCUCAACCGUUCAAAUAUUCCCAUGUUGAUAUUUUACAACGAACUCAUGCCACUCGCUUACAGAUGGGAUCAACUUCACGCGUUGGGGAAAUUUUACUUCUUUUCCUUGGCCCGGAAUCUAGAAUGUAAUGAAAGAGAGCUAUGGAUGGAUUUCAAACAUGGAAAUUUGAUCCAUGGAGUGGAGGGGCCGCAAAAUGCUGUCCACUUUUUCUCCUCAUAUGUCAACACCCCGUCAUCAAGCAUUGAACUUCUUCAACACCAUGUCCUCUGGAAUUACCUCUCUAGCUUCCCGUUACAAAAGGAAUUCGACAUUCAGGUACUUUAUGUGCUUGAAAGGUCAUCGCGCCGGUGGAUCGACACCAACUCCAGGACCAUUCGACCAAUCAUAUCCUCAGCGCGAACAAGGACCAUAGCAAUUGCAGUCGGCGGUGGAGUCUGGAGAUGCCUCGGGAAAUGCUUUGACUCCAGAGCUGAAAUGGUAGAUGGAAAAACAAGAUUUACCGUCGUCAAUGACUCCGAAUAUUUCGGGUUCAGGUUACGGUCAAGCACUUGGGAGGCUUGUGCCUGGCUGUCCCAGGCUUCAAGUGUCUUUCACAAACUCAGUAUCUUACCUGACGAAGAUCUCUCACAGUAUGAACUCAUACGGCCAAACAUUCAGCUAUCAGGGCAAAUGGUUAGCUCUGAAAUCACUCAACAACGACGCUCAACAAGCCCUCCCAUAUACCUCUUCGUACUCCCCAUCUACCGCUCCUCUUCAAUCCCAUAUUUUUGGUCCCAUAGCGAAACCGGACAAACUCGCAUUCCGAGGAAAAUGUGUAAACGCCUUGGCCUUCCCACCAAACUCAGUGUACACAUAGAUUCACCCUUCCGGUAUUCUUGGCCAACUGAGACGUAUAGAGAAAUUCAUAGAUGGCAAGUCCUGCGAGGCUUUGACCCGAGAACUACGAGCUUUGCUCGCUACCUUGGAUCGCCCGUUUAUGACAUCAUACACCGCAAAUCAAGCCAAUUUGAGGAACUGGACGCAGAUUUAGACGAAGGCGAUCUGUCUUUGGACUUGCUGUUCCACGACACUGACACUCAGAUUGAAGGUGACCACUAAUGAUUCAAUCCAUUCUUGUAGUUCCUGGACCAAUCAUUUUUAAAGACUUAGCAAUCUCGACAAAAAUCUCAUCCCAGGAGGACAGAGGAUACGCUAUGAGUCGAUCUUUCUGGUCGUUCCUUGCGGCUCCAUUUUCGUACGAAGCCGUCGAGGGCUCAGGCAUACCUGGGAUAGUGAUAUAGUGGCCGUGAUAACGUUUCGUUCGGACCAAGCAGUACUGCAAGAUUCACGUACC